CGCUGACAAAAUAUAUACUAUCCGGUAUGGCCGAGGGAGAAGUAGGGUUAGACUCAGGAGCCGAAAGGUUACCAGACCUAUUUGAAAAUAUUUGGAAAGCAUGGGAGUUCUUAGAGAAAACACAAGAAGACACUAAGUCAUAUCCUGUUCAGAAACAAGCCAUUAAAGGUUUAGCAGAUGGAGAAAAGGCAAUAAAGAUGGUGAAUGAUCUGGCUUUGUUUAGUGGCAAUGAGUCCAUACAGGAGGUGACUACCAAAGAACUAAGGUACAUGCUUCUUCCAGCCUUUUUGGGAUAUUUUGUACAGAAAAGAGUCACGAAAAGCAGACUUCAACUUGUUAGGACAGGCAAGGCAUAUUAUGAAGACUUCCUGCGACAAUGCAAGACUUACAAUGUGGCUAAAGUGAACAUUCAUCUGGAUGACGAUGACAACGAGGAAACAGUAGAAACAGGAAUGGUGCCUCUACGACAAGGUCCCCCGGGUAUGAUGAAGAUGAUUAGUGAAAGAGAGAGUAAGAUACAGAUGUUCAAGGAACAGAAGGAGCUGGAGGCCAAACUGGCAGACCUUAAACUGUACAUUGACAAAGAACAUGUGGACGAAGAGGUCAAGAGAGAAUACUACGUAACCUUAUUGAAGAAAUGGGUGAACAUUGCCUCUGAGGAGCUGUCAGGCAUUAACUUUGAAAUUCAGAUGUUAGAACUUCGAGAAGGUGCUCAGGGUGAUGUACAGGAGAGGAAGGAGGAAUACCAGAAAAAGAAGCCAGCAGCCAUACGUCCGUUUAUCAUCACCAAGGACAUGAUACAGAAGCAGGUGUUUGGACUAGGAUAUCCCAGCAUUCCAACUGUCACCAUUGAGGAAUUUUAUGAACAGAAGCUCAAGGAUGGUACAUUUCAGCCGCCCGGAGCAGGAGAUAGCAUGCAGAACAUAGCGGCAGGCCCCGAUAAAGACAAUGAGGACAGGGAGAAAGAGGCUGAGGAGAAGGAAAACAAGAUUGAAACAGACGAUCCUGAAGAACUACAGAAAGCUCGGAACUGGGAUGAAUGGAAAGAUGAACAUCGAAAAGGAUGGGGCAAUAGGCAGAACAUGGGAUGACAAACAAUGCGAUGUAUGACAUAGAAGUUACCUCAGUGCCGAUUGACUGCUGUUGGAUAAUGUCGGUAGUGAUCAGGAUUACGAUACUAUCUCAGUGCCGAUUGACUGCUGUUGGAUAAUGUCGGUAGUGAUCAGGAUUACGAUACUUUCUCAGUGCCGAUUGGCUGCUGUUGGAUAAUGUCGGUAGUGAUCAGGAUUACGAUACUCUGUCCAGUCAAUUUACGAUUUGACCGCAAACAAAUUGUAACAGAAUCUAUCUUGAUGAUAUAGGGCAGAGACAUGACAAUGAUUACAACCUAUAAAAAUUGGAAGAAAUCAGCAUUGUAAAAUUAUGGUAUUGAUUAUGCCUGCAUUUGGCGGAGCAUAUGCAUCAGCAGCAUCAUCCUGUAUGUUUGUCUGUCCGUCCAUUCAUCUGGCCAUCAGUCUGUGAACAUUAAACUUGCCAUCAGCUUCACACAAGCAUUCCUGACAUCAAUCUCUGGAGCCUAGUUGAAAGUCAAGGUCAUAUAUUCAAGGUCAAGGUUAUGGAAUCUAUACAUAAUGAUGAAACAAUUGUAUAUGGCUAAUCUGCAGGUUCCUAACUGAGGUUGUCAACAACAUUUCGCGAAUGAUCACACAUUAUUCCUGGCGUCAGCCUCUGCUGACUCGGUGGAAGUUCAAAGGCGCAAUUCAAGAUCACACUACAGAAUAUUUGUAUGAUAAUAGGAAUAUGAAAGUUUGUCUGCAAGUUCCUGACUAAAUUUUUCAACCAAAUUUCAAGAAAUGUCUUAAAAGUAUUCCUGACAUAUCCUGACCAGUUAAAAGUCAAGGUCAUAUUUUCAAGAUCACGGUCAUAGCUUCAGAAUCUUGACAGAAAUAUUUUGCAAAACCAUUCCUGACAUCAAUUCUUGAACAUCAGUCAAAUGUGAAGGUCAUAUGUCAAGGUCGAGGUCACAGUUAAAGAAUCUUAAUUAUGAUGAUGAAAAAUGUUUCAGCUAGAUUUAUAUAACUUUCUCCUUAUUUCUUGAACCAAAGUCUGAAUUGCUUUGACUCCGAUUGCUAUUACUUAAGACUCAGGAAUUUGUCUCUCACAACCAUGUUAGUGGGCAGGUUAUGUACCAUUUGCAGUUCUCUUGCUUGUAUCGUAAGAUGCUAAAUGAUUGUAUCAACCACGACAAUGGCUAUGGGCAACAAUAUAUUGUGCACAAUGGAAAUGAGAAUGUUGUUAUACAAAUUUCCAUUUGAUAUGAUUCUGAUACAAUGAACUGUGCUUCAGGAAGUGAAAUAUGAUACAUCAUAACAUACUUUUUAUUAAUUCUAAAUAAAUUUUUAAUAAACAAAUGAUCAAAUUG